CACAACAUCAAGCCCCUCCUCUCUUUCUUCCUCUCCACAUUUCUUCUUCAUGGCAUCAAAGGACUUCACACGCUUUAAGCAAUCUUCCAAGAGGGAGAGAUCAAAGAAGUUAGUAGAAUCGACAUCAAAAUACGGUGUCAAGAGUGCCCGUAAGGGAAAAGCCUUCCAGAACCCAACUUACCGUGGAGUAAGGAAGCGCAGCUGGGGCAAAUGGGUGUCAGAAAUUCGUGAGCCGAGGAAAAAUUCAAGAAUUUGGCUCGGAACAUACCCCACUGCAGAAAUGGCAGCUCGUGCACACGAUGCUGCUUCUCUAGCAAUAAAAGGUCACUCUGCUUUCCUUAAUUUUCCGGAGUUGGCUCACACACUACCUCGUCCAGCUAGUGCCUCACGGAGCGACAUUCAAGAGGCGGCUAAAAAAGCAGCCAAUCAGUAUUCAAGAUUCAAACCUCAAACUUGUAACAAGACCAUGAUCUCGAAUCUAACUCAAGAUUCUUUGUCUUGUCAAUCAGUUGAUACUGACAGCAUGUGGUGUGACCUCCCUGACCUCUCUCUGGAAUCCAACCUUGGUAAAAGGUUUGGUUUUAGUCUUUGGGGGCAACAAAAUGAAGUUGAUCACCCUGAAUUCCAAUUCGAGGAAACGUUUUGCUUCUGGGAUCGAUCAUCAUUACUAAAAGAGACAAAGAUUCCAGUUUUACGCGAUCUACCGUCUUAAAAGUUUAUAUACAGGUAUGAUUUCUGUAUAUUAUGGAGUAUAAUAUAGAGUGGUAAUAUUCCUUGUUUUCUUUUCUCCUAUGCAUGUGCAAUUGUUCGUGUUUCUUUCAUGAAUUCCUAGGGUUUUUUUUUUUUUUCUUUUUUGGCGGAAGGGGGAAAGAAGAGCACCUGGGCUUUAAUUUAUAGGUGUGUUUUUCUGCCUAAUAAUGUUUGAUUUGAUGGAAAACCUCUUAAGAGACCUCGCGUUCGAGAUUUGAGAGGCAGAGCUUGCAAAUCAAACUGAUGCUAUGUUUGAUAUUAUUGUGUAUUUGUAUUGUAUUGUAAUUGUAGUUGUUAAGUUAAUUAAUUUUUAUAUGUUUUAAGAUUAAAUUUCCUCAAAUAAU